CUCUGUUUCCGUUUGCAUUUUGGCCUGAUUUUUCUGCGAUUGUUGGGUUGGGUGCUUACUGAUUUGUUGCGACAAAUGGGUCUGAUUCGUGGACGGAUUCUUGGAAUCUUGGUGCGAUUCGGAGGAGAAGAGUGGUGCCCGUGGUUGCUCGUGCUCAUCUUUGGUGUGGCGCAGCUUAGGCUGGAACUCAGUGGGAGAAAAGGAAUGUGGAAUUUAAGUAAUGCAUGAUAUGUUGUCGAAGUUGGAAUGAAUUUUGCUUGGAGUUUAGCGGCUAUUUUCAGAAAAUGCUGAUUUUUGUCAGUGAAGACCUGUUACCAAAUUAGGAUUAUGCAGCAGGGUCAUACUAGAGCAAUAGUCAGCACAUAUUGGAUCUGCAUUAUGUGGUUCAUAUCUCCACUAUGGCGAAUGGGUUACUGCCUAAAACCUCAUCCAACAGCCAAGCUUCAGGUCCUGCUGCACUGCAAUUUUGUCGCUCUUAUGAAUAAAAAAGAGGUGUAUUGGAAAUAGCAUGGAAUAAGAAACAAAUGUGAUGUGCGAUGGAUGUCUGAAGCAUGGAAAGUUAAACUAUCUCACUCGGCUAAACGGUUUCAUUAGCACACUAAAUAGCUGACCUGUUUGCAUAACAUCCUCUUUGAGCUUAUAUGGGAACAGUGGUUGUAUUGGUAAUUUAAGCAAAUCUCAGUCACUUCCAGAUUCUGAGCUGGAAGGAUCAUUAAGAAAGAAGUCUCAGUAUUCAUCUAUUGUAAAAGAAAGGCGAUGGCAAUCAGGUCUAGAAGCAAUGGAGAACAAUGUUAGCAUAUCUGUUUCUCUUGAGGGGAAUAUCUCGUCAAUUCCCAAUUCAAUAGUCAACGAUUCUAAAGUGUCAAUGGAAAAUGGGAUAGAUACAUCAUUCGUUAACCAUGCUGCUGAAGCAUGGGCUGAGAUGAGAAAGCAAUGGGUUGGGCAUCAGUCAGAAGUUCCCAAAAAGGCACCUCGAGAGCCAGUAAUAAGUUGGUGCACAACAUAUGAUCCCUUGUCGACAAGCGAGUGUUUUCCACAGCCAAUCCCACUAUCUGAGAUGGUUGAUUUUUUGGUCGAUAUAUGGCAUGAAGAAGGGCUCUACGAUUAGCUGAGUCUUUGGCUUUCAUUUCUCCUUGCUGUUAGAAAAUGUGGUCCCCUUCCUCCCCACAAAAGAUGUAAUCACCUGAAGAAGCAAAGGAACUACAGAUUAGCAGCCGGAUUAGUUUCAACAUUAGGAAUUGGAAACAGUUCAAUUGUAAAACGCACUACAGUGGGUUGGUAACUUGGUAUAGUUUCUGAAAUUUUGUCAUCAGCUUUCAGCUUUGUUUCUUAUUGCUGAAGAACGCGAUAACCUGUCAUACCGAAAUGAAUGGUUGUUUACAAGUUGAAAGGGGAAAGGACGUUGUAAUAUGAUCAUUGAUAUGUCAUUGACAAGUUGAUGUUUUGUCAA